UUUUGAAACCGACAACAUGUCUGACAAGGACGACGACGACGACGACGACGAGCUUGUGCCCAAGCCUGUCGCUGACGCGGUCUCGAUCAAGUCGCACCGUAUUGUGCUCGGGCAGGCAUGGGAGGACGGUCCGCGGCUCGACGAAGCGCACUUGACGUUCGUGCGCUUGGACUUUGCGCGGCGAAAAGAGUACGUUCUCGAGCUGCGCGACCGCAUGCGUCUCAAGAGCCGGCCCGGCGUGGAUUUCUUCCCCAAGCGCCCGCGCACGCUCAAGACGCUCGCGGCCAAGUACGCGCGCAGCAACUUGCACUUUUUACCAUUUGUGAAAGUGUCGCUCACGGACGCGGUCUGGGACGCAGACCUCGUGAACGUGUCGCGGCUUCUCUUCCGGCGCGUGCCGCCCGACAGCCGCGACAAGGACGGUCGGCUCGCCAUGUCGAUUGCGAUCCAGCUCAAGCAGGGCGCGAUCGCCAAGUUUCUUCUCGACAAGCGCGCGAACGUCAACCUCCAGGACGAAGGCACGCUCUUUACGCCCCUCCACAUGACGCUCGUCAUGGGCAACAAGAGCAUCGCGCGGCGGUUCAUCGAAGACGGCGCCCGCGUCGAUGUGGCGGAUGGCGAUGGCAUGCAGCCGCUGCAUUGGGCGACGCUCCGAGGCUUCCUCGAGGUCAUGGCGAUGCUGCUUGAGCAUGGCGCGGACGUGAACGCACAAGACAACUUGGGCAUGACACCAUUGCAUAUUGCGUGCUUUAAAGGCUACGUCGACCUGGUCGACUACCUUCUCCACACAGCGCACGCCGAUUUAAACAUUCAAGAUGCGCAAGGCUUUUCACCGGCGCUCUACGCCCGCAUCGAAGACAACGGCGAAGUCCUCGACCGCAUCGAAGAGUUUCACGACGAACUGCGCAAGCGCGAGGCGAAGCGCGCGCGUCGGGCGCGUCGGCGGGCCGAGCGGUUGGCAUCGCGCGAGCUCGCCGAGAGCAGUCCCAAUUCGCUUAUUUAA